GUUAGGACGCUGAAUGAAAGUUUUUUUCUUCAUCCUCUUCUUAACAGGGAAAUUUGAGAAAGAGGUUCUGCGAAGAUGUUAGGAGGCAUAGCCGAUGGUACCGGGAAAGUCCUGACGAUCGACGAUUUGGUCGAGGCCUUGGACAGGCGUGAAAGAUCCCAGAGCAAUGUUCUCACAAUUGAUACCUUCCACUUCAAUGGGGAGCGAGUCUCUGAUUGGCUUGACUUGGUGGAACAAGCGCUGGAGGGACUAUUUGACGCUGUGAAGUUUCAACGGAUUUUGAAGUAUGUGCUCCAUGACCAUCACCAAGAGGUAGAGAAGGUCGUGAACGCAACUAACGACAGCUCCAAGUGCGCAGCAAUGGUGGACACAAGAGCAGAGAUUAAUAUCAUCCGGGAAGCUGAUGCAGUCAGGUUUGGAUUAGAGAUAGACCGCUCAGAUUGCGGCAUUUUACAUGCAGCAGUAUUUUGUGGGAUAACCUCGAACGUAAUUAUUGAGGUUGGGAGGAAGGCAGAGCUGGUGCUCAAGCCCUUCGAAAAAGAAGAACCAUGGGGCGACAAAGAUGUCCAAUGGAUGAUGAAGCUGGCACUAGCAGGCACGCAUAGUCUGGUAGAGGAGGUGAAAACGAUAGAGGAAGGGCCAUAUCAGGUAGAGAAACACAAGGAAUUGAUGGGAGGGAUGUACCUCCUCGUCAAUACACUUCUGCAGGGAAACGUUGAUCAGAUAGACUCGCUGAGUCCAACUGAGAAUGAAGACGUGGUGUCAGAGAGCCAGGAUGACGAGCUUGAAGAAGGGGAGAUCAGAAAGGCGUUCCGAGCAGAGGAGUAUGAUGAAAUCUACCUGGAGUUGGGGCUUCUCCUAUCAUGUGAGAUGCGGGAUAGGGAUGCAAGCGAAAGGGUUCAAAAGAUGAGGCAUCUCUAUUUGAGGAGCAAGAGGCAGAGGGACCCUAAGCCCAGAGAGGCCAUGUCAUCGCGAGGAGGACAAAAGGCGCUCGCUACGCGAGAGGAGGAGUUGGUAUCUGUGGAGGAGGGGCGAUGGGCAUAUCCCGAGUGUAGGAUAGGCCCGGUGGUCUUCCAGCGCUUUACUGGAGCGGAGUUGAGCAGGUCUCCCCAGCACGUGAGAGAGGAGGUGGCACCAUCCAGAGGAUCAUUGCAGAAACUGGAGGCGCUGGAUAUUUCACAGUGGAGAGUGCCUAAGGCUGGUGAGGGGCAUGAUGAGUCGUCAGAGGAGGUACCACGAGAAGAGGUCCAUGAGCCUGAGCGGGAGACGAGGCAGAGUCCUGAGAGAGGGCAUGCUAUGGAGGAGGUGAUAGAGGUUGAGGAGGACACUCCACCUCAGGCGCAUGCUGCAGAGUUGGGGCCAGAGAUCGUAUCGGAGAUCGCCCGCGAGGAGGAGGAGGAACCUCGGCAGGAGGAGAUUCCGUCCCCACGGGCGGAGGUGAUCCUUUCGCCAGGGGUGAGGAUGGAGAUGGAGCAAGAAAGGACUGACUGGAGGAGAGAGGUCAUCUCCACGAUUGAUAGGUAUCUGGUUGCGCAUGCCCAAGAGCACCCUGACAUCGAGGAGCCCGUGCCUAUGGAGCCACCGCGAGAGCCUCACCAGCCAGAGAGAGAGGCAGGGGCCGAGAUUCCGGGAAAAGCAGGCCAUCGCACGAGAGGGAGAGUACCGGCAGGGGAGACAACCGAGGAGAAAGGGGCCAGAGCUGGAAAGCGCGUGGAGGAGAUUUGGCACGAAAGGCAGAGAUUAGAGGCGGUCGGAGCACUUCCGGAUCAGCCACCUGACGCACCCCCUAAACCAUGUGAUCUGGCCGGCAAGAAGAUAGAAGAAGCGAGCCAUGGAGUGCGUUUGGAGACCGUUGAGGCGGAGGUCCGAAAGCUCAGAGUAUUAGUGGCUACUCAAGCUGCCCUCAUCCAGGAUUUGAGGCGGCAACCUCGAGACGGGGCCGAUAGGACAGAGAGAGAAGAGCCUACCGAAGUAGUGGACAGGGCAGGGAGUAGUCGACUUGACACUCAGAGAAAGUCAGUACUGGGCUUAUCCGGGCAGCCAUCCGCAGUUGGAUUCCCCGAGGAGCCGCCCAUGGGAAGAGUCAUCCUGGAACCUGAGGAGGCAAAGGCAAAGAGGGAGGCAGAGAGAGAGACCUUUGAGUUCAGGGCGCCUACUGAACUCGCCACAUUGCCAACAACAGCUGUGGAACCCAUGACAGUGGCUAUGCCAUUAUCAGUCGAGGGGGGGCAGCAGACAGCUAGCAGCGAGCCAAUUCAGGGUUCAGGGGAAGGGUCUAUGGAUGCGCUUCUAGAGACAGUUGACACUAUGCAGGAAGAGGCGAGUCUAUUUUCGCCUGAGCAGAGGGUAGAGGAGCCUCCUGAGAGAGAGAUGGUGAUUGCGAUGGAGGGCGUCAUCGAGGGCAGGCCACAGAGGCUGGAUAUGCCUGAGUAUAGGCCAGAGGAAAUUGGAGUACGACUGGAGCAGAGUACUCAGGUUUUAGAGACGAGACAUGAGGAGCCUAUGGGUAUACCCCAAUCCUAUGAGGUGGCCAGAGAGGAUAGCGAGGCACCCUCAUCGCCAGGAUCUCAUUGAAAGAAGAAGAGGCUAAGAAAGUCGUACGACCCGACCUGCUUUUUUUGCAAGAAUGGGGAGCAUAGGGCCUUGCAG